UCGGAAAAUAAAAUUGUGUAUUCUUUGUUAUGUGUACGAAGAAAAUCAUAUCUGCACUGUUCAAAGAUAUAGAGAAUGGUCCUGAUGAUGAAGAGGCGCAGGACAAUCUUCAGCCUCUGCUCGGAGUCGGGGUGGACGGUCGCGUGGCCAGGCAGCGGCCAGCUCGACCCAGGAACUUGGGUCUUGCUGAUGCUAUGUCGAACCCGGCCCGUUCGCUUCCGAAGCUAACGCUUCCUGACAUGACGCCCUCAUCGGUGUCUUCGACUGUGAAUAACACUCCACAAGACACCGGCAGCACCAUGUCCAAGCCUUGGAGACGCAGCGACAGAAGACUGAGGAGACUCAACACCGAAUUGCUUGAGGCCAUUGAUAACCACAAUGUAGAGGAAGUCGAAAGAUUACUCAACUCUGGAGCCAAUCCGAAUGCCACAUGCCGUCUCGAUUUGGUGUCUGCGUGCCACAUGGCAGCUCUGACCGGAGGGGAAGCUUUAACGCUGCUCAUAAAGUUCGGUGCGGAAAAGCUCAGAGUCGACAGGGUAGGAAGAACGCCCCUGCAUCUCGCCACAUGGGCUGGAAAUGCCAGACAGGUGGCUAUCCUGCUGGAGUUCCCUGAAGAUAUGCAGGAGCGGGUGGAAAGCGAGAGUAUGUCGUCUGAAACAGAAGAAGACGUUCGGAAGCUGUGUCCUUUGAUUAAAGAGAUGACAGACGUGAGAUGCGACCUGGGCGAGGUGAACGUGCUGUUGCCUAAGACUUGGAAGGACAACAUCGACCAUGACUGCAAGGACAUCAGAGGAACUAUAAAGCUAUUCCAAGCAGGCUGGACGCCGCUACACGUCGCCUCCUCCUGCGUCCGCCGACACUGCACCAGACUCUUGUUGGCGGCUGGUGCAAAUCCCAACAUCUGCGACGUGGCUGGCCGAACUCCUUUAGACGUCGCCGGCUACGCUUAUUAUCACAAAAAAGAAGUGAACGUUAAGCACUUAGGUGAAGUCAUCAGAAUGCUACUGAAGGCUGGUGGGAGAUAUAACACCAUGAGAUCUCGUGGUCUAAGCAACCUGGAUACUCCUCUUCAUACUGCGGUAGAGCUAGAAAGCUUGGAUGCUAUCAGAGAGCUUUUAGAUGCAGGUGCUUCUGUGAACUGCUUAAAUACAUCGGGCUUGACACCUUUGCAUGUCUGCGUCAAGAAAAAACUUGAGGAGCAUUUGCAGGUAUUAGCAAACUAUGAUUACAUGAACGCAGAUCCUAUGGCAGCCGUAGUGGACGUGAAGGACAGUCAAGGGCAUACAGUCCUACAGGCUGCUGUCGAGGCUGCGUGGGUGCCAGGUGUCUGUGUGGCAUUGGAAGCAGGCGCUGACGUUACGCUGACGGCCAACGACGGCGAAACUCCUAUUCAUUCGGCCGCAGCUCUCGGUAACUUAGACGUGCUCAACGAAAUCCUUAGCGUUGCUAAGCAAAAAGACGCGAUCGACUAUCAGAACCAAGAAGGCGAGACCGCUCUCUUCAAGGCCAUAAUUCACGGACAUUUAGAAUGUGUCAAACACAUCAUUAGCGAAGGUGGCUCCAUGAAGAUCGCACUACCCGGCGAUGUUAACGUCUUACACGUCGCAGCCGAUUACGGGCAAUUAGAUAUACUAGAGUAUUUACUAGAUUACGACGAAGCUAUGACUAGGAACUUGAUUAACUCCCUAACAGCCGGAGAUAGGAGAGGCUUCGGACCAAUACACUUCGCGGUCGCGAACAAACACGAGAAUUGCGUUUCCUUGUUACUUUCAAAAAACGCUGACAUUCGACUCAGGACUACAUGUAGUCCACAUAAAGCAUCAACUCCCUUGCACAUCGCCGCUGUUCGUAAUCACGUUGAAAUAACUAAGAUCCUGUUGAAAUUCGAUACGACCAUCAUAUAUGAAGUGAAUAGUCUUGGUUGGUAUCCGUUGCACGCGGCUAGCCAUCACGGCAGCAGGGAUGUCAUAACGUUACUGCUGAAAGAGGGAGCCGAUCUCUCAGGACAUACGGACGGACCGAAGAAAUACAAGCGAACGGCCAUCGAUAUGAUCAUUCAUAAUUUAUCGAAACCAACAGAAUUUAUGGAAGACGUAUUCGACUCGUAUAUAUCUAGUAACGGCCAGGACCUCCAGGAUCCGAACUGUAUUAUCACGAUUGAUUACGGUAUAUUGAUGCCGAGGGUCUGCGAGAUGGAACAGAUGAAAGUGAUCGAGGCGCUUUUGAAGACCGGCAACAGAUACGGACAGAGGAAGCUCCUGGUUCAUCCGUUGGUCGAGAGCUUCCUGUAUCUCAAAUGGAAAGCUUUGUUGCCGUUCUUCUAUACAAUAAUGUUCGUUUACGGAUUCUUCGUGCUGUCGCUUACCAUAUUCAUAGUGUCGGUUUUCUUUUACAAAGACACGAAAGUUCCUGCUCCUAUUUGGCUGAACACGACGGUUUGGAGUUACGUAGUGUAUGCGACAAUCAGCUUGAUAUUGUUACAGGAGGUCCUGUAUAUGAACGUGAAGAGUAGUAGGUACUUCCUACAGCUGGAAACUUGGGUGAAAUUCGGGUCUCUGGGCUUAGCGGUUAUACUACCGUAUUCAGUGGUGGUCGUCUCUGUACACGAGGCUGAUUGGCCUCGACACGUGGCCACCGUGGCGUUGUUGCUCUCCUGGUUGGAAAUGAUGUUCUUGCUCUCAAGGUUUCCGAACUGGGGUUACUAUGUUUUGAUGUUCGGUAAAGUCGCUUCGAAUGUCGUCAAGAUUCUGCUUACAUUUGCCUUCCUUGUAAUUGGGUUCGCAUUAAGCUUCAUGAUCCAGUUCCGCUCUCAAAUGCCUUUCGAGGGUCCCUGGGCAGCUCUGGUUAAGACAAUAGUUAUGAUGACAUCAGAAUUCGACUACGCGGCCCUCUUCGACGAAGCACAUUCCAAAGAAUUGGCCACGUCUUUGAUUAUAGUCCGGAUAAUAUUUUUAGUGUUUCUAAUAUUGGCGGCGAUUGUUCUAAUGAAUUUACUAGUCGGUGUAGCGGUUAACGAUAUCAAUGAUUUAGAGAUAUUAGGGAAUAUAAGGAGGCUGGCCAAACAAGUAGAAUUUUUGGGAACAUUAGACACUUUAGUUUACAAUAAAUUAUUCAGUAAGACUUUACCGAGAAGACUCAAUGAGAAACUUAAGAAAAGACGUAACGUACCACCGGUUAUGACUCUGAGUCCCGGGAAACCAAGGUGGAAGUAUUCUAAGGUGCUGCCAUCCAGGAUAAGAGAUGAAAUAUUCAAUAAAGCUCAGAGACAAAAGAAGCAAAUGGACGAUGAGCUUGGCCUCCAAUACUUUAGGAAUUUAAUGGAUGAAAUGCACGAUGUCAUCGUUAAAAACAAAGUCGUGAAAGCUGUAGAAUAUCCGGAUUUGAUUAAAGAUAAAAAUGUUAAGAAGAACGAUGAAAUAGUACAACAUUUAGAUGACAUUGAUGAUGCAGUGGAGGAUAUGAAGAAUGAGGCGAAAGUGUAUGCGACAGAAUCGAAGUCGAAAUUUGAAAUUUUAAACGUUAAAAUGGAUCAGAUGUCGCUAGAAAUCGAAGCUAUAAAAUUGUUUUUGAGCAGAUUAGAAAGUAAAUUGGGUAGAUAAUCGGUGUUACAAUUUUUUAAACCGUUUUUGUAAUUGCCAAGGAGUUGUUAAAAAAUAGA